AUGUUUUGUUUCACGACAAACUCCUUGCCAGACCCAUCCAAUGAUACCUUCCCACCCUCGGCUGAGGAGCCAAGUCACCUAGAACAAUACCCCCAGGACCUGGGAGAGACACACCUCACUGGAAUGCAACAAAUUGUCAUUACUACACGUAUUGAUGAUAUCACUCAAGCCAUUCAUGCAACUGAUCUCACUCUUGGUCUCCGACGGAUCCCCGCUGGCUUCCAUGUAGUAAUACAGACUGGCGGUGCUGAAUCCCAGACAAGCAACAAACCCGUACACAUAGAUCAGGCUAUUGUCGAAUGGAACGAGCGCAUACUUCUAGAAAUCCUCCGCGCAUUCGAGAUCUCUGUCGGAGAAUUACUGGAUCGUAGUGAAAAUUCACAUCCCAUCAUCUUUCAGCCCCGGCAGGGCGAAGUUUUAUCCCCGUGUACCUCAAUGUUCGUGACAGUGGAGCAGCGAAGUUCAGAUGAAAACGACGCUGCAGUUCCUUGUCCCCUUCCUAUUCCCACAUCCGGCGAUAUGGAUGCGACGCAGACAAGUGAGGAUCUCGACCAGUCCAUAAAGCACUUUGAACACGUUCUUGGCCUUUGCCCCAUGGGUCAUCCCUGCCGUGCCGCAGCAGAGUUCCAUCUAGCUAACGCGAAGUUUGUUAAUUGCCAAGCUAAGGGAAUAUACCUCGACCUCAACAUCCCUAUCAAUCUAUUUCAAGACGCUCUUUAUUUAUGUCCCACUGGUCAUCCAGACCGGCCUGUCACACAGCUCCAUCUUGUCAUUGCUCUACUGUCUCUUUUCGCUACACGGGGGAGUCAAACGGCUUCUGAUGCGGCCAAAGGGUUACUCAGUGAAGUCCUCAAUGUUUGCCACACCAAUAGCCACAUUUAUAGAGCAGCUUUGGUUGCGUUCAAAACAUCAACUCUGUAUCCAGCUAGAAACACUGAUGCAAAUGAUCUUGGGCAGAAGCAGCUUGCUGCAUCCAUGCUUCCGCUAUCGCCAAAUCAACUUUCUCUCAAAGUUGCGCAAUGCUUGCAGAGAGAUGAUCCCCAUGACUUAGACGAAGUGAUAUCCCUUCAUUACGAUGCACUUGGAUACUACAACACCAUGCAUACUCGUCAAGGGCAAGUGCUGUGUAAUCUAGGUGUAUUGCUGCAAACUCGUUUCCAGCGUCGAGGCAAUGGUCAAGACAUCAACGAGGCUGUCACGCUUCUCAAGGAAACACCGGCUUUGCAUCCAGCCGCAUUGAGCAGCCUUGCAAAUGGACUCUUCGUCCGAUUCGAGCACCGAGGCAAUGUCCAAGACUUGGAUGACGCUAUCGCACUUCACACUGAAACGCUCGCGUUGGUUGCGCAUCAAAGCAAUGUCCAAGAUUUGGAUGACGCUAUCGCACUUCACACUGAAGCGCUGGCGUUGUUCCCGGUUGGUGACCUAAAUUGGUUCGGGUCAUUACACAACCUUGCGAAUCAGCUCUCUACUCACUUUGAGCACCGAAGUAAUAUUCAAGACUUGGAUCAGGCUAUCACGCUUAGCAAGGAAGCACUGGCUUUACUCCCAACCAACCACUCAAAUCGGUCCAAGUCGUUAAAUAAUCUUGCGAAUCAACUCUCUGCCUGCUUUAAGCAUCGAUUCAAUGACCAAGACUUGGAUGAUGCUAUCGCAUUUCACACUGAAGCGCUGGCGUUGUUCUUGGACUUGGAUCAGGCCAUCUCGCUUAGCAGGGAAGCACUGACUUUACUCCCAACCAAUCACUCAAAUCGGUCCAAGUCGUUAAAUAAUCUUGCGAAUCAACUCUCUACCCGCUUUGGGCAUCGAGGCAAUGACCAAGACCUGGAUGAUGCUAUGGCACUUCACAGAGAAGCAUUGACUUUACAGCCAUAUGGUCACCCAGAUCGGACCAAGUCAUUAAAUAACCUUGCCAAUCAACACUCCCUUCGCUUCGAGUACCGAGGCAAUGCUGAAGAUUUGGAUCAGGCUAUCGCACUUCACAGUGAAGCGCUAGCUUUAUGCCCAGUUGGUCACCCAGAUCGGACCAAGUCAUUAAAUAACCUUGCUAAUCAACACUCUGUUCGCUUCAAGUACCGAGGCAAUGACCAAGACUUAGAUGACGCUAUGGCACUUCACAGGGAAGCGUUGGCUUUACACCCAGAUCGUCACCCAGAUCGUAUCAGGACAUUAAACAACUUUGCCAAUCAAUACUCCAUUCACUUCGAGUACCGAGGCAAUGACCAAGACUUGGAUCAGGCUAUCGCGCUUCACAGGGAAGCGCUGACUUUGCAUCUGGUCGGUGACCCAAAUCGGUCAAAGUCAUUGUAUAACCUCGCAAAUAACCUCUCCACCCGCUCCCAGCAGCGAGGCAAUGACCAAGAUUUGGAUGAGGCUAUCACGCUUCACAGGGAAGCGCUUGGUUUGCGCCCAUCCGGUCACUCAGAUCGGUCAAAGUCUUUGAACUGCCUUGCAAAUAGACUAUCCAACCGCUUCGAUGACCGAGGCAACGAUCAAGACUUGGAUGAGGCUAUCACACUUCACAGGGAAGCGCUGGCUUUGAGCCUAGUCGGUCACUCAGAUCGGUCCGGAUCAUUAAGUAACCUUGCAUAUGGACUCUCCACCCGCUUCAAGCACCGAAGUAAUGACCAAGACUUGGAUGAGGCUAUCAUGCUUCACAGGGAAGCAUUGGUUUUACAUGGAGUCGGUCACCCACUUCAGCCUGAGUCAUUACACAACCUUGCAGUUUCGCUCUCCACUUGCUUCCAGCACCGACGCAAUGAAGAAGCCCUCAAUGAGUCACGAGAUAAUCUCCGCUGUGCACUGACUCUGCUGACGAAACAUGAUCCUCGUCAGUUGGAGGUCCAUGAGUCGCUAGCUACCGUGUACCUGUUGUUCCAUCAAUCAGGACUUGAGGACCCUAUCAAAGAUACUGGCAAUCUGAAUGCUGUCAUGGAUCAUCUCAAGGCAGCAGCAAAUGUUGUCUCUCGAGGUUUGCUACCUCGCUUGCGAGCAAGUUUACGCUGGGUUCACCAUGCUAGUCAACAUUCACAUGGUACCAAACUGGAGGCUUAUGCAAUUUCCAUGCAACUUCUGGACGCUUACAUGUCUGUAACAGCCUCUGUAUCGUCUCGUCAUAAUGCCAUGAAGGAAUUCCCAAGUAUGCUUGCUAUGGAUGCUGUAUCAUGUGCUCUUUGUAGUGGUGACCCUUCAGACACAUGGCAAUCAUGCAGUGGUCCUGAUGCAGAAUUCAGAGACCUCAGCUCCCUCCUUGAUAAACCUCCUGCGAGUCACACAGAUGGGACCUCAAGGGUCGCUGUAGAAGCAGAAGCAGCUCGGUACAGACAUCUAGUGGAGGACUGGAAUAGAGUUGUGGAAGAGAUUCGGAGGAUCGAGGGCUUCUCUCACUUCCUACUCUCCCCCUUGAUCUCUGAUCUCCAAGAGGCAGCUCGUGACGGGCCUAUCAUCGUGCUCGUUGCAUGCAAGUCGUCAUGCAAUGCCAUUAUUGUCCCACACAAACGACCUCCGAUUAGCAUUCAACUCCGUACCAACUUUGAUAAACUCCGGAGAUUGGUGCUCACACUCCAGGAGGCAAUUGAAAAAGAGGCCGGUCCUAACGAGAACCAAUCAGCGCUGAUAAAAGCUUUGAGGGAGUUGUGGGAUGACGUCGUCCACCCGGUUGUUGAGAAUCUGGACAGAUUUGCACGACGAGGUUCCCGAAUAUGGUGGUGCCUGACGUCUCUCUUCAGUUUCUUGCCGUUGCACACCGCCAGCGAGUAUAGGGCAAAUGGAGAAUCCCUUUCGCAGCAAUACAUCUCUUCAUACACGCCAUCGCUUACCGCGCUGGUGAGGGCUCGCAGAAGUCAUGACAGGUCGCCGUCAGUGUCCUUCGCUGCCAUUGGCCAGAGUCGCCCAGUCGGUGCUUCAUUCACUUUGGAUAGUGUGGAGCCUGAGCUGGAAUUGGUGCGGAGUCUUUUACCCCCUCCCCCAACUGUUUCCUUCACCAAUAUAACGAGUGUUGAUGCCACGAAAUCUGGAGCAUUGCGCUCGUUGCGAGAAAAUACUUGGCUCCAUUUCGCGUGUCACGGGACACAUAAAUUGGACGAACCCUUUGAGUCGGCCUUUCUUACGCGCGACGAUCUGCUUUCAUUCCUCGAUAUCACACAAAUGGAUUUGUCUCGGCAUCAAUUUGCAUUUCUUUCUGCCCGUGAAACCACAGUCGGUGCCUCUAGUACGCCUGACGAAGUGAUACACCUAGCGGCUGGCCUGGAAUUCGCUGGGGUUAAGAGCGUUGUUGGGACAUUAUGGAAGGUCAACGAUAAUACUGUGCAGCGCUUAGUCGAGGCAUUUUACAAAAACUUGUGCGGGGAUAGCACAAUGAAUUCGAAGCGAGCUGCCCGAGCGCUGCAUAAAGCGAUCCAGUCGUUGGGUUGUGACAAGGACAUGCCCUUGGACCAGCGCAUAGUAUUCGUGCAUAUUGGCAUAUGA